AUGCAAACAACUCAACUCACUUUCGAUCAAAUUAAAUCCUCAAUUCUCGUCUCUUUAGAUAAGAAGAAAUCUGAUCAACAUUGUAAACUUCUUUUCGAACAACUUGUUGGAAAGUUUAAAUUCAGAAAUAACAAAUAUACCUUCUCGGGAUCAUAUGAUCUUGCACAGUGGCUGGUUCUCUCUUUUGAUUCAAUGAUUAAGGAAGAUGAAAAGUUUUUCACAGAGAUUGUCAUUCCUAUUGUUGCCUAUAUUUCAAUUGUGGAUGAUGCUUGUGAUGAGAACAUGACUCUUUCGUCUAUUGCAGAGAUGAAAGAGCACUGUAAGAUAUUUAGAGGAGAACCAGUUUAUGCUUCUCACCAAGCUCUCAAGAUGGGACAAUUUGUGUAUAAUCUUAUCAAGGGAGAAAGAUUCGAAUGUAUAAGAAGAAAGGUUUUGGAAUUCCUGGUGACUGGAACUAAUCUAAUUGUAAAGGCAAAGCAAGAAUGUGAAAAUGUCACUAAAGAAACAUUGGAAAACUUUUUAGAGGAUAGAAGAAUUGACUCCAUGGCAUCACUUUUCUUUACAAUUAAUAAUUUCUUUAAGAAUAUUCAAGAAUUUGACAGAUGCGAUACUGUAUCCACUUUAUAUAAUCACAAGGCAAGUGACACCAUCAGUUUAUUAAAUGAUGUUGCCUCCAUUGCAAAAGAUACCAAAAAGCAACUUGUUAACAAUUAUGUAAUAUUGAAUAAGGGAUUGAAAGAGAACUUGACAUACACUCAAUUGAAACAACUCCCAAUUGAAGCAUUUGAAUCAUCCCUGAAUGAAGUUUUAGAAUUAAUCAAAGACAAUUUACUCCAAAUGCAAACAAUCAAAUCCUCCAACCCAUCCUACUCCACUCAAUUCGAUUCAAUCGAUGAAGUCAUGAAGGGAUAUUGUACAUGGUGUAUCAUUUCCAAAAGAUUCCAACUUGAAAAUCAUCUCCUUCCUGAAUAUCAUCCAAAGAUGACAUCAGGUGAGUUGAAGCCAGCACAAAAACCAUGGGCUGAUGAUGAUAUGGAUACUUAUUUUGUUGAUAUUGAAAAAUUCAAUGAAGAACUUCUCCUCACUUUCAGAAUAUUGAUGCUGUAA